GCAAACAUAGCCCAGCAGAUUGGCUGGGCCCUUCCACCUCUGGAGAGCCUUGUUGCUUUUUGCGAAUACAGACUCACAGGGCUGUUACUCUGAAACUUGUUGCUUAAUAGAAAUGAAACUUUUACUUUCAAGAAGAUCAUGUGAUUUCCAGGAAAGGAAGUGCUAUAUUUGGGCAGGACCAAUAGAAACCACUUGCAUCAUCACAGCUAUACUAGAAAUAUGCUGUGAAGAAGUUUCAUGUUGUUGUUUUAUUAACCACCCUCUCGGUACAGGGUCCACUCCGAUUGGCUACAGCCUGUGAUCCCACGGACAUUGUUGCCAAUGCGCUGGGCUGACGACAUAGUCCAGAAGAGUAUAAAAGGGAGACUCGUUGCUGGAAAUACUUUGAUAUUUCAACUAUUCACAAAAUCCCUGCUAACAUCCUCUGGUAACAGCAAAGUUCAUACAGGUCCUGCUUGGAGGUUUCCAAUUCAUCCGCAAGAAUUCCGUUUGGUACCAAAGGAGCGAACUCCCCAACCCUUCCUCCUGCAAUUAACCCGAGACUGGCUGCCUGAUGGCUGCAUCCGAGAGCGAGGGGGGUUCUCAAAAAUUACGGUUUGCCUGGUGGCUGAUUAAGCAGAUCAACAGUGAAAACUACGAGGGGCUCUGCUGGGUAGACAAGGACCGCACUCAGUUUCGCAUCCCCUGGAAACACACUUCCAGGAAGGAUAUCAACCCUAAUGACUACAAGAUUUUCAAGGCCUGGGCCAUAACCAGCGGAAAGUACAACGAAAAGCUGAAAGAUCCGGCCAAGUGGAAAGCCAACUUCCGCUGCGCCCUGAGAAGCACAAACAUGUUCCUGAUGAUGCAGGACAACUCAAAAACCUCCGAGGACCCUCACAAAGUGUAUAAAAUCAUCAGCUCAAGCCCCGAUGUUGUGGCAGCCGCUAAAGCCGCGACUACUAAAAACAAUAACCUGCAUGACACUAAAGAAGACAUCAUCCCCCCUUCUGAAGAAGCCCCUAAUCUGCACCACCAUAUGCCACGGCAACUGCAGCCGCAGAUAGAAUUAAAUUUGGAGAUGUCGCUGGAAAACCCUCCCCAAGAGAUGAACAGCGUGCAGAACGAAAGGCCAGCCUACAACCCUGGCAGGAAUCCGUCCCAGGGCUACACCACCAAUAAUUUGGCGCCAAACGGCUACCAGUGCAGCCCCGACACGCUCCAGUGGAUUCUGCAACAGUGCAGCUUAACCCAGAGUGGCUGCAGCCCGCAGCAGCUGCCGUGGACUCUGGAUGGAGGUUCAGGGGAAGUACCAUAUGAAGACAGCCAAGGCUAUCCAAACCAACAUAUGGGCCAAAAUGGCUACCCACCGCAGGGGAGCGGAGCGGCAAAUGGACCAGUGGAGAACUAUCACCAACCCGUUGGCCAGUGGGUGACCCAACCCAUGGCAGAGACCCAACCCAUGCAAAAUGCUUAUGACCCUUCUGCGGCCUCAAUUCUACAGCAGCCCCUCCCAUCCAGCACAGUUCCUGGCAUAAGUCAGCUUCUUAAUAGUGCAGCGGAAGUCCUGUUUGCAGGGAGACCUCACUACAAUAACCACGCGGGCGUCCAGAGCACUUUCCCGAGCGAAGCGCCUGCAGGAAACGCAGUGAUCUAUCAAACGCUGAAUGGCCCGGGAGAGAACGGUUAUCACCAGCCAGCGAAUCAGUGGGCAGCCCCAGAGCAGAACAGGUUGACCCUGCUGGCUGCCCCUCUCCCAGAGCAGCAUCCUCCUCCGCCCAACACAGUGCCAUCGCAGAACAAUACAGAAACCAUUCCUCCCACUAUGGACGUCACCAUCUAUUACCGAGGGAGGCCGCUCCACGAGGUGCAGGUGGCCACCAGCAGCUGCCUCUUCGCGUACAAUAACGGGGACCCCACCUUUGCUCCGAGCUGCACGCAGGUGGUCCAGUUCCCAAGCCCAGAUGAGCUGUCUGACCAGAAGCAGGCCCAGUUCACCAGGCAGCUGCUCGUGAACGCAGGGCUGCUGCUGGAGCAGAAGCACAAGAAGAUCUAUGCCAAGCGCCUGAAUAAGUGCAAGGUUUUCUGGGCCCUCUCCAGGCACCUGGUGAACAUGGCUCAGAGCCCUGAGCCCAAGCUGCUGCCACGCGACGCCGAGAUGGAGAUCUUCGACUAUGAGGUGUUCUCAAAGGAGCUGAAGGAUUUUAAGGAACAUGAAAGGGCUGCAUCUCCCGACUUCACCAUCUACCUUGGCUUUGGGCAGUGCUUCUCCAAAUCCAAGCCCAAGGAGGCCAUGUUAAUCCUAGUGAAGCUGGUGCCUAAGUUCUGUGAGUAUGUCCACGACUUGGCCCUGCGGGAGGGAGCCUCGUCCCUGAACAGCGGGAACGUGAGCCUCCAGGUGUCAAGCUGCUUCAACAGCUUGUAUGACCUCAUUGAGCAGUACAACAUGCAGAUUGACUGAACCUCCUCCCCUCCCUAGGAUCUGAUCUGCACGUGGGAGAGCAGCAUUGGCCCGUCCUUGCCUAGGUCUCUGCCUGACUGGCCUGCCUUUGAAAACACUUCCGCCUUUCCCCUGCCCACUUGCAUCAGUUUGCCCCCAUCAGGAAAUGUGUGCGUGAGAUGAUGGGUGGCCUUGUGGCUUAGCCACUUCACUGGACUCAGUAACGCUGGGUUCAGUCCCUGCUGUGCCACCUCCUUAGUGACCUUGGGCAAGUCACUGCAGCUGGGGGCCUCACUUCCCCAGCUGUAAAAUGGGAACAAUUCCUUACCUCAUAGGGUUGUUGUGAGGAUAAAUGCAUGUGAGGUGCUCAGAUAUUACAGCAAUAGACAGAUCAGCCUUCCCUACUCAGGGCCACCAAUUGAAAAUAGAGAUUUUUUUCCCCCAGCUGAAAUAAACAGGGUACCAGACACUGUGCUCUGAAGGUAGAAGCAAGAGAAUCUUCCUCUCUGCUUCAGGAGGUCAGCAAGAAAGUCGGGGUGUGCGGGGGGAGGGGAACGACGGGGGGGCGGGGCAUACUCAUCUACAGCACUGCAAUGUAAUGAUCUUGUGUCUCUGUCUGGGCUGAGCUGGCUGGAUUUUAAGCUGAGUGAAGGGUGUUGACAGGGAAAAAAUCCUUAUCACCACCUCUUGCUGACGUAAGUGAAGCAGGAAUCCUGGGGGUGGGUCGUACAAUAGCCCUGGCCAGCUCUCCUGGGGUCACAGGGUUGGUACAAGGUGAACUAAUCCGUCAGAUGGUGACUUAGGCACAGCUCCUAACUUCCAUUGAUUUGAAUGGAAGUUCGGAGCCUAAAUACCUGAGGAUCUGGGCUUUAAUCAGCUGAUAGACUAUGAGAUGGAAAAAUCUCAUAGAAGACACAGUCUCCACUUUCUCCUCAUGCUAUGUCCCUUUCAAGCGCUCGUCUGUCAGAGGUCUGUGAAAUGGAAGCACCCAUGGUCCAGUAGAUCUGCUAGACACGUCAGCUGUGUGCAAGUAGCAUACAGACGGCUGAAGUAAGCGAGCUCGAGGAGGGCUGCUUUAAACAGCUGGGCCGUGCCUCAGGCCGUCCCCUGACCCCAAGGAGAUGAGAAGAGAACGAGUAACACCCUGAACAGUGUAGCGGAGGGGAGGCCCGGAAGCCACAACAGAGGCUGGUCCUGCUCCCAGUGGAAUUUUGCCAUUGACUUUCCUGGGAGCAGGAUCAGUCCUAUUCCAAAGUAGCUUGCUCCCCCAAAUGUGCCCGGCUAAUAAAUUAAAGUUUAGCGCCGAACACUGUAUUCUAACCUCUCCACACUCUGCCUGAGUUCAGUCUGCAGGCCCAGCCGCGCUCGGCCUUGCGCAUGUUGUAUGAGCCCAUUCGCCCUACAACUCCUUGUCAUCCUUGAGCAGGGGGCGGUCACUGCCUGAACCAAGUCACACCGACAACACUCCACUUCAUUCUUUGCCAGCUUCUUGCCCCACAAAGCACAUUCACACAAGAGGAAAAACAUGCCAUGUUCGUGUAGUCCACCAUACCGCCGCCCUACCCCUUUGUCUGUCCCGCUUCCCUUGGACACGCACGGGCUGGCCUGCUGUCAUCUGAGGAACACACAGCAUACAUAGGCACAGAUCCAUAAAGCUGGCACUUUCCUAACCAUACAUGCUCAAGGUAACCUGUUGUUUUAAUGGGCAUAGGCCAGCAGUUCUUAAACUAUGGUUCACUGGCUGACUACACCAUGCUCCUUAUUUCCUGCUCCUUCUUUUUUUGGUAAUUUAUUUAUUUAGUACAGUUUCAGAAUGCUUGUCAAGGGCACCCAGAGUGUAGGCUGGGUGCUUUUUUUAUUUUUUUUUAACUGCAGUGUAGCUAAAAUCUCAACACCUUACUUGCCUUUCAAACAGCCGCCCGGGCCCCAAGUGCCACUGGUGCUCUUCCCGUGCGAACAGUUGCACUAGUGGCCACAGUGAUGACGUGCAAGCAGAGCAACGCCGCUUGUGCGGCGGGAUGGGUCAUAGGACACGGGGUCGUGACCAACACUGGACCAGUAUGGGAAGGCCGACUGCUGUGGACUACUGUCACGCAAGCAGGCUGGGCUCUGACAGGAGACCUGUAUGAAACUGACAUUGCACACUGGAUGUUGUUUUCCUCCAGAAGCAACUACAGAUGUUAGCUUUAGGCCCCUUCCCUGGCCUAGCUUAGGGGUGUGCUGUUGCUAAGACCCCUGAGUAUCAGCGUGGUAUCUGAGCACUGAGCAUCUGUGGAAAGCAGCAAGAGGGAGAUGACGAGUGUAUCUUCCUCUUUUUGCCUGCCCACAAUUCUGAGCUGUAUAUAUUUAUUGUGUUAAUACGAUUCUGGGUAGUUUCAAUGAUAUGUCAUUUGAAAUUUCUUGCAUUCCAUGAGUUUAGUAACUGAGGGUGAGUGAGGCCGUAAACGAGUGGCAAUCCACUUGGUCAUCGCAAUGUGUGCGUGUAUCACACACACACACGGAGGUUGGCCUCCUCACCCGCAGCUCUAAUUGCUUCCUCCUUUUCCUUUUAAGGCUGCUUGGAUCUUUAUACAUGUCAUCCUGACUGAGCUGUGAGUCUCAAAAAUGCAAGUGUCUCAAGGACUGACAGCUGAAAGUUUGAUUUAAAUAGAAAAAUUAAUGGACUCCAGGAAGUCUCAUCCUCUGCCCUUCCUUUGACCAGCCAAGGGCAUUUUAAGAAAAAAAAGAAGGGGUGGAGGGGGGGUAUAGAAAUCCUAGAAAUCAGGGAAGCAGGUCUUCCCAAACCUAUGCACUGAUGAAGCCCAACAUACCUUACGAAGGGUGAGUGAAACCCUGGCCCUGCUGAAUUCAAUGGGCGUCCUGCCAUUGACAUCACAGGGGCCCGGAUUUCACCUGGUGUGUCUGGCAGAAUGUUAAGCACUAAUAUUAAAGUAUAAUUUAUAGAACACCUGCCCCACUGUGGUACUUUCCCUAGGUUUUCUUUAUUGUUUAGGUAAAUUGGGCAUAUUUAUGUUUUAGCUUCCUUUUAUUAGCACAGGGCUCUGUGUUUCAUCCAAAUGGACUUUGGCCUAAGUUUUCAAAAGUGAUUUUGGGGGCCCGCUGGGACACUUUUUAAAAGGGCCUGAUUGUCAGAACGUGUAGAGCACCUGCUCUCUCAAAGUCGGGCCUUUUAAGGUGUCAAGCCAGCACCCACAAACUGAGCCCCUUUGCCCCCCGCAAAUCACUAGUAAAUGUAGGUGAUUGCAGGUCUGUGCACAACUCCCUGCUCCUGGAUGGAAUGUCACCUGUGUGAGCGGUUCCAAUCCGGGGCUGACCUAGAGGACCAGCACUUGAGCAGCUAGCGAGGCCUUUGGCUUUGCAGCUGAACUGUGACUUCCAAAUAGAGGCAAAUCCCUUUACAUGGGCUAGGGUGUAAUUCAGUUGGUGUGGCAGUCCAGCCCUCUCCCAGCCAGCCUGAGAGUGGAGAGGGGCUCUUCUCCUGACAUCUUGUACUGGAGUUCAGUUUUACACCACAAGUGGGUUGGUCUUUGCUGCUGCUGGCCUCACAGAAGUCGUUCCAGCACUAGCAGAAAGGCUUUAGGAGUCUAAUCUGGCUCCAGCUGAAUUCAGUGGCCAAAGUAAAUGAUUCCAGGGGGAGGUGAAUCAGCCUCAUGGGGCUGCUUGCCUAUAGCAUGAGGAGGAGAUAGACAAGGGCAAGAGGAGGGAGACAUGAAAGCAGCAGGUCAAGGUGUGCAGGGUUGAAAACAGCCCCACACGCAACUGGCAAGAUGUGCCAAGGCCCUUCUCCCUCUUCUCUAUGGAGCAGCAGCAGGUCUGGUGCCUUCUAGCUCAGGUGUUGAAGGCUUUAAGUAGCAUUUGACUUUAGUAAUAUGCCUUUUUCUAAUGUCAUGUCUCAUGCAGCCAGAGGGUUUUUGCACUCUCUGUAGAGCAGGCAUUGCAUUCACUGGGAGAGGAUUGCACAGCCCGAGAACACUCCGUGGUUAAUGAGACUGCAGCCUGACAGGGCGUAACUUGUCUCGCAGUGUUAGUGCAGUGUGUGGGAGGGAUGGAUGAGUCACAAGCCAGUCCCUCAGAAGCAGGGUCAUGGAUUUUAUGGAACAUCUCUAGACCUUGCAAGGGAGUCAGAGGCUCGCUCAUGUCAGCAUGCGUGGCUCCAGCAAAGUCAUUGCAGCUGCAGAGCCGGCCCAUGGAAUUUAAUUUAGGCAGAGUGUGAAACAUCUAGAGCAGGGGUUCUCAAACAGGGGGUCACAAGAUUAUUUUGGGGGGCGGGGGCAGUUGCGAGCUGUCAGCCCCGCACAUGUCAGGGCUCCAGCUGUCAACCCCCAGGUGUACCAGGGCUCCGGCGGUCAGCCCAAGCCCUUCACAGCUGGGUGGAUGGAGAGCAGGGGCUUCUGACCAGGCAUCCAGCUCUGAAGGCAGCACCGCCCCCAGCAGCAGUGCAGAAGUAAGGGUGGCAUAGUAUGGGGGUGGGGGGUCAUCACAGCCUGAAAUAUUUUCAAAGAGGGUCCCAGCAAGAAAAGUUUGAGAACCCCUGAUCCUGAGAAUGUCUCUUCAGGGAACUGAGCAAGAGACCCAGCCACCCCCCCCAUCUACAGUGCAGCUCCUGUCCAAGCACAACUGUGUGUCGGUGUUAGUCUGUCAACACCUGCCAUGCUGCACAGCCGUGUUUGUAUCCGUACGUUAUGGACAGCUAUCCCACUCUGCCGCAGCUGCUGGGGGGACGGGGCAGGGCAGAAGAUUGUGGGUGUUUAAUAAGGCACAAUGAGCUUUAGGGCAGGCUGUCCUCCCACACACAUAGCGAGGAGGCAGGAGAACAGGCUGUCAAUGCCCACACAGUUACAUGGGUAUCUGCUGUAACGAGGAAGGACCAUUUAGAACCUAGUUACAGCCUGAUAAUGAUGCUCAUGAGAAAAAUCAAAGCACAGUGUAUCCAACAUGAUUACGUUACCAACAGCGUGUGUGGACACAAACUGGGUAGGGAGGCAGCCUCAGUACAAGCUGUACAGUAGAAGGGCCUCUCACUAUUGCCAUGAAAUGCCAAGCUGAUCUGAGUUGGGUGCUACGGACUAUUUUGCCUUUUUAAUAAAAUGACCCUUGUGAUUUGAUUUAAAAAUUGCCUAACUCACGUCACAGAUACGGGGGGGAUUGAUUGUGUUCUCCCACACCUCAGUUGUGAUCAUGGGAGUUCCACACAAAGCAACACAUUAAAGCCCUUCAUUUUCCUUCUCUCUACAACUUGGACUGCAGAAGGAGGUAGGAAAUAAAAGGACACUAAUGACCAGCUGCUUCAUACUAAGCCAGAAAAUCAAAUUUCAUGGAUCAGCCUCUGCACUGCACCUUUGGGAGGCAAUCAGUGAGAGUGAGUUAAUUAAAUAUGGAUUUUUGUAGUGUACUUUUUGAUACUUGGUUAAUUACUGCUCCUUCCCAUAUGAUGGAAUAAAUAGGCUGCUUCCCCAGAGGUUGUAAACUGGCAUAGCUCCUGACACAAAUCAUGCUUUCAGCAAAUCAGAAGACCCGGAAGUUCUGGUUCUUCAUUAACAGGCAUAAGGUGAAUAUUGUUUCUUAGUGAAGAAACGGGGCCUUGAUCCAAAGCUUAACAGGAGCCUUUCCAAAGGGGUUCAGUGGGCUUUGGCUCCAGCUGCUAAUGUUGAAGGGAUCUCAAAAUCUGAAAGCUUCUUUCUGUCUUCAUUAAGAAAUGUUUCUUAGAACUGUAAUUGAGGCCAACUGUAAUUCUGUUCUAACACCAGGUCAGUUUUCAUACAUUGUGCCCGUUUCUUGUGUGUAUUCUAAGUAGUGCAAACCUUUCAGCUACUGAUGUGAGCGAAGCUCUCUGUUCACAUUGCUCAUCUAUGCAUCAGCACGGGCAGGAAAAGUGCCCUUUUCCCCUCUUGUGUCUGUGUAAAUAAACUGACAUUCCACUGUC